AUGACGGAGAAGGACACCUUCAAGGACCUCACCUUCAGCGGCGCCCCGUCCGAGUACAGGUUGUUCAGGAGGAAAGUCCUCCUGAGUGUGGCUUCUCUGGAAGAGAAGCAUGUGCGUUUGGCCGGCCCCCGUAUCCUGAGCAGGUUGACGGGAGAGGCCUGGCGAGCGACCGAGCACCUCGCCAUCGGGGAGCUCAGGACUGAGAAGGGCUGGCUCGCGGUCCUGAAGGCCUUGGACGAGCACUACCGGUACCAACGAGUGCGUGGACGAGCGGUGCUCAGUCGUCUGGAGACACUGGUUGCUGCAGAGAAGCGGCAACAGCGCGGCUCCACCAAACGCCGCAGGGCCAAGAAGCAGCAGGCUGUCGCAACGGAUGGCGACAGCACCUCGUCUUCCUUCAGCUCUGAUCAUGCAGAAGAUGAUGAAGAACCUCGGCUGACAAAAGACAAAGUCGAGGAAGCCGCGGCAUCCGCCUCAGCCUCGGCCAGACCAGCAGGCGAACCAGCCGGUGAUUCCAAGGGCCCGAGAACGGUUGGUAGCUUUGUUGGAUCCCCCUCUCGCAAGCCGCCGUCAGCUGACGGAGGCUCGCAGCGCAGCAGAGGGACCCAGAAGGCCGACGAUGAGCGGGCAAACCGCCGUAUGAUGGAGAGCCUCGAGACCUUAGAAGUGGGCCAUCUGAAAGUGAAGCCCAUCUUUCCGGAGGUGAUCCUGGGUCACCUCUUCAUGCGGAAGUAUGGCCUCAACCGCGAACAACGCGGCCAAGUGAUCAGGUCCACGGGCGGCUCCUGCAAGUUCAAGGACAUCGAGCGAGUGAUCCGUGCCUCUGACUAUGAAGACAAGAUGCAGGAGCAAGGCGGCCGUGGCCAAAACCAAAGGCCGGGCCGAGCCGCCAACGUCCUGGCAGCCGAAGAAGACAGCAGCUUGAGUGAACUUAGCGGCUCUGAUGAAAUCCACGAGGCGGCUGAGGACAGCGGCGAGGAGGACGAGGACGACGAAGAGUUGGAGGAGGCCUACGAGAUCCAGAAGAAGGCCAAAGACCAGGCGAAGAAGGCCUACCGCAGCUACAAGGACAGCAGACGGAAAGUCAGGGAGAUAAAGAAGGACCGGCAACCCUACAUGCCGGUGGUGGCUCUUCCUCCUCAACAAGGGCAUCCGACAGUGCCGGAAGGAAUGCCGGUGCAGCCGACAUUCAAGUACGACCGGAAGCCCACCCGCAAGGGCUCAGGCCGACAGAAGGGCGGCCGCAAGGACCGCCGCGAGGACGUACACAUGGUGUCGGCCGAGCACCUUUCCGAGUUCUGCUACAUGGUCGCCACCGACGACGCGGCGGAGAUGGAGUUCGAGAUCUACGCCGUGACGGUCCCCGCCGGGCAAGCGGUGAUCGACACGGGCUGUACGACUUCCGUGAUCGGGGCUGAGACAGCCCAGCGCUACAUCGAGUUCUUCCGCGACCGAGGCCUACCUGAGCCUACGCCGGUGGACCUUCCUCCGGUCCAGCUGAAGGGCUUCAACGGAGUCCGGACCUCUUCGGAAAAGGGGCUGCGGUGGCUGGUCAAGCUUGGCCAGUUGUGGGGCCAGGUCACGACGUACCUGGUGGAUGGCCAGGCACCCUUCUUGCUUUCGCGCAGGGUGCUCCAGAACAUGGAGGCCACGAUCGACAUGGGCAAGUGCACCCUGACGAGCCACAAGCACGGGAUCUUCAAUGAGCCGUUGUCCCAGGCAAGCAACGGCCACCUGCUCCUGCCCUUGGUUCCGCCGGACGAGUCUGAAGAGCUACUACAAGUGCAGGACCACAAGGUAGAAGCAGUGCGCCGUGUUCCUUUUCAGCUUGCGUUGGCAGCUCUGGAGGAGCAGCCGGAUCAGGUUCGCGAGGAACUUGCUGGGAUACACCCGACCCAAGGAUGUUUGGUUUUCCUGGCCGUCAAGCUGUUGGACGGUGCUUGCCAGACGCAAGAAGGAACGGCCGUUCCUGAGUUGACCCUAGGCCCAGCGUACGAGGUUGAUUUCGACUUUUGUGCCUUUGGUUUCAAGGAUAAAGUGUUAGCUAGCCGGGAUGAAGAAGUAGUGCCAAGCCACGAUAUCUUCAUGCAAACCGAUGACGAAGCUGAUUCCGAGAGGGAGUCAGACGAAGAGGGCGAUCGUGAGGAAAGGCCAGCCCUCCAGGAAGCCAAUAAGCGUUCCUAUGCAGCCAUGAUUCAGAAGCUUCAUGUCAACACGGGCCACGCCUCGGUUCCUCAGAUGCUCCGCCUUGCACAACGAGCGAAAGCGCCCGCCGGGCUGAUUGCCGAGAUCCGGAAGUUUAAGUGCCCGAUUUGCGAAGAACUUCAGGUUGAGCUUAAGAGAGACGGACCGGCCGGAGUAGUGGAACAGAAGUACAAUGUGCUGACAGCCGUAGAUUACGCCACCGAUUUUGCACAGCAGAUCGUCCUACCUUCCGGCCCUGGCGUUGUCAGCCGGGCAUUUCAUGCCUUGUGGUGCCGUCCGUACGGCCCACCGAAGAUCGUGUAUGUGGAUCCGGACCAGCGGUGGAUGUCGGGAGAAUUCCAGGGUUUCUUGAGAAAUAAUUCCAUCACCUUGUUGGACAGCGCCACCGAAUCACACUGGCAGCUGGGCCGGGUAGAGAUUGCGCAGCGUGUGUUACGCAACAUGGCACAGCGUGUCUGGAAGACUGCCGAGAGACCUGCCGAAGAAGUCAUUGAAAGUAGUCUAGCAGACCUUACUGAACAACGAAAUCUGGCAGCUCAGAGCGCCGUGUUGUCCGAGACAGACUUUGCACAGAAGAUGCAGGUCCGCCACCAGGCCGCGGAGGCCUUUCUUGAAAGCCACGCCCACGAUACGUGGGCACGGGCUAUCCGCGGCCGCAACCGUCCCAUCCGAGGCCCCUACACCGUAGGACAAUCCGUGUACGUUUUUCGCAAACAGGGCAAAGGCCAAUUUAGCACCCGACAUGGAACUUGGCUUGGACCGGGACGAGUGGUAGGUACGGAAAGCUUCCGGGAAGACAGCCCUGUCCCUAGAGUGGUAUGGGUUGUUAUCAAUGGGUUUAUGUACAAGUGCUCCCCGGAGUGUCUCCGACCUGUGGCCGAGGAUGAAGUUACGUUCCGUCAGCUUGCUCAGCAGUUCUCAGCCGGACACCUCCCGGAAGAAAUGGAACAGGUUACCCCGUCCCGACGGGGCCCCGCCGGUAGAUUUUUCGACAUUACGUCUGAGAUUCCUGCUCCAGAAGACUUCUUGUCCCCGACAGCCUCUGACGAAGAGGGCGGAGAACAGGCUGAGCCUAAUCCUGAACAGUCCGAUCGCAACGUCAGGCGCCGGAUUACACAUAAUGAUGAUUACUGGAUGGCGCGUGCAACUGGCACAUCGCCCCGAGGCCUUCCCACAGUCCGGGAGAGGGAGGCCCCUGCAGAUCUAGGAGAUGAUGUUGAGCACCCCGCAGAUAAGGCACCCCGCUUAACUAUUCCAGAGGAUCACUUGUCUGACUAUUCCCCCUCUGUUGCAGAGGCCCCAGAGCCAAGUUCCGGGAGUGCAAUGCAGGAUGUUGCUCCAUCACCUUCCGAGGAGGUACCCCCCAAUUCGUCUGAUCCGGCACCGCUUUUGAACGAUGCAGCCCUGUGCUGCGAGGUUGCCUUUGACGUUUUUGAUCUUGAUUUGGACCCCGAAGGACCUGGUCUUUGGGGUGCCCUAGAAGAGUGUGCCACAGUAGCUUCCAGGCCAGGACAAAAGCGCCGGGUAGAGGUUAGCUUCCGCAGGCUUAAUCCAGGUGAUCGUGAGAAGUUCAAGGGUGCUAUGAAGAAGGAGUGGCAAAGCUGGCUGGAAAACAAGGUCACAACUGUAGUGAAGAAUAAAGGCAUCCCUAAAUCCCGGAUCAUCGGUUCGCGGUGGGUCCUCACAUGGAAGAAGUCUUCCGACCCUGACGACAGGUCCCUGUCCGCCAAGGCUAGGCUAGUUCUGGUAGGCUUCCAGGACCCAGACCUAGGCCGUAUUGCCACCGAUUCCCCGACCCUCCGUAAGGAAAGUAAGCACAUAAUCUUGAGUAUCUGUGCCAGUAUGGGCUGGGUCAUCUGGGGAGCCGACAUCAAGACGGCCUUCCUGUCCGGGGAUGCAUCCAAUCGAGACCUCUUCUUUAAACCUCCUCCCGAAGUUAGCGAGUUCAUGAACCUGGGACCGGAGGAUGUGCUCCGUCUUGAAAAAGCGGCAUACGGCCUUGCCGAAGCACCGCGUGCCUGGUUCCUCCGGCUCACGAGGGAGCUGCUGGCAGUCGGACUGGUCGUAAGUCAGCUAGACCCGUGUGUUUUCUGUCUCCGAGCGCAAAACACUCUGGAGCUGCUUGGGGUUUGUGGAGUGCAUGUAGAUGAUCUGUUGGGAGGUGGCACUCAGGCCAUGGACCGUUGCCUCGCGAAACUUAGGCUUAAGCUUCCUUUUGGGGAUUUCCGCAAGAAAACCAUCAAGUACACCGGAGCUGAAAUCCGGCAGCUUCCCGAUUUCUCCAUUGAGGUGACUCAAGAGGCCUAUGUGGAUAAACUCGAGGAGGUAAGCACCAAGCCUUUUGGUAAGGGAUCUGAGCCUUUGAAUGAGCCAUCUUUGAUGCGUGCCUGCUGUGGCCAGCUGGCCUGGGUGGCCAAUCACAGCCGUCCCGAUCAGGCUUUUCUUGCUUCGUAUCUUCAAGGAACCCAGGACAAGGCCCUAGUUUCGCACCUAGAGUUGUACAACAAGGCAGUCCGUGAAAUGAAGACAAGAAAGGCUUGCCUUCGCUUUCCGCCUGUCCCCGUGGACCGUUGGCGUCUGCUCGUGGUGACAGACGCCGGCUGGGGAGUGCGAGCCAACGGUGAAUCCCAGGGUGGUCUGUUGCUCUGCCUAUGUGAUCGAGAUGUUCUAGAGCAAAAGCCCGGUAAGACCUGGAUCAUUGAGUGGGCAUCUAAGAAGCUGCGUCGCGUAGUUAGGAGCUCUACCGCUGCAGAGACUCUGGCUGCACAGAAUGGCUUAGAUGCCGUUGAGUUUGCACAAGCUUUUCUCCAGGAGAUCCUGUUCGGAAUGAGCCCGCGCCAAUUCCAACAGUGGGUUCCCGAACACCCUUCGGGUUUAGUCAUAGAUAGCAAAUCCUUGUACGACGCCCUCACCCGAUCAGCUUGCAGCAGUGCCCUAGCCAUGGAAAAGAGAUUAGCAAUCGAUUAUGCUAUUGCAAGGGCGUGCCUUCAGGAGCGCAACGUGCGCCCGUUCUGGACAAACAAUCUCCAGAUGAUUUCCGAUUGCUUGACCAAGCUCCGUGGAAACAAGGACAUCUUGUUCCGUGUGCUGGACACGUGCAAUUUUCAUGUGAGACCCAGUAAGGAAUCCGGCCGUAAAGAGUCAGCCCGACAAAAGGGGCCGACUAGUUAA